AUGAAACAAUUCACCAUAGAAAUUGCGAAAUCAGACAUUAACGCCACUUUCAAGGAGCCGAAUGACGAUAUGGAUGGUCCCGUUAAGCCGAGAAGAACUUUGCCGUCAAAAUCCCCAUCAGUACCAAAUUUGAGCCAAGUUUUUCGGGCUACUGGUCCCAGUAAUAAUCUGUUCAAACUGAAAGGUCAAAAUUUGAGCCAAGGACAUGAACAAAGUGGACAAAAUGGGUUGGGACUGUCAUAUUCGUCGACAAAUCUAAGUUUAAUCGAAUUGUACAACGACGAGAAUGGUGAAGAAGAAGGAAAUGAGUCGUUAAGUGCGUCGUUACCAGAAGAAGUUGGGAUCAAUGCUAAGGACGUUGUACCACAACAAGAAGUCAUACCACGACAAGACGCCGGUUUAGAUGAUUUAAGUCAUUAUGACAGAUAUGGAUUCAAGAAACAAUCGAAUUAUAUCAAUGAAAAUGAAUAUGACGGCUGGUGGAAAGAUUAUUCCCAAUAUUGCAUAAGACGAAAACGGAAAUGGCAAUCGCUACUGGAGAAGAGUGGGUUUCCGAUGACUACUGAGGCUCCCGACAGGUUUCCUCCAAAAAGCGAGAAAUUGAAACGAUAUGUAAGAAAAGGUAUACCAGCGGAGUGGAGAGGUAACGCAUGGUGGCAUUUUGCUAGAGGACAAGAAAAACUGAACAAGAAUAAGGGAGUCUACGAUAAAUUGCUUGCUAGCUUGGAAACCAAGGAGUAUGAGCGCAGGGAAAAUUCACGGGAUAGCGAUAUUAUAGAAAGAGAUUUGAAUCGAACUUUUCCGGACAAUAUACAUUUCCGAAGAAGACCUAAUGAAAGCGCAGAGCCUUUAAUGAUCCAGUCUUUAAGACGGGUCUUGAACACUUUUUCCAUUUACAAUCCUAAAAUAGGAUAUUGUCAGUCGUUAAAUUUUCUCGCGGGAUUGCUGUUGCUCUUUAUGGAUGAGGAGCGCGCUUUUUGGAUGCUGGUCAUCAUCACUUCUCGUUAUUUACCUGGCGUACACAACGUCAUGCUGGAAGGUGUUAACAUCGAUCAAGGCGUUCUCAUGCUUUGUAUCAGAGAAUACCUCCCUCACUUCUGGCAUCGAAUCGUCAAUAAGCAAUAUUCUCACAACAAUCAGUUUUUGUAUAAACUUCCCCCCUUGACUUUGUGCACCGCGAGUUGGUUUAUGAGCUGUUUUGUCGGAAUUGUUCCAAUAGAGACUACUUUGCGCAUCUGGGAUUGCUUGUUUUACGAAGAAUCGCAUGUUCUUUUCAAAAUUUCGCUUUCGAUAAUGAAGUUGAGCGAGGAAGAACUAAUUCAUGAGCAUGGCCCGGCAAGCAAGAAUAUGAGUCAAGACGACGCCGAUAUUGAAGUGUUUCAAGUAAUUCAAACUUUCCCUAAGAAACUUUUAGACCCAAACAGCAUUUUCGAUCGGGUCAUCUUGAAAAGAAGAAUCUCAUUGAACAACUUAAAUCAAGAAGAAAUUGACCGUUGUCGAAAGUAUGUGAGAGCGCAGAGAUUGAAAUAUAAAAAUUACGCGGACGUGCUGGGUUCAAAUCCGAAGAGUAAUGGCGAAAGGAAUGCCUUGGUAGAACUCGACGUCGUGAACGAUGCGCUCUCUUCUGAAGUUUAUGGGUUCCGCAGAAGUCUCACUGGGCUUCACUGGAACAACAGCAUCAAGGAAAAAGUGCGGCAGAUAAGGAAGAAGUAG